AUGGCGGCGCCUAGCACUCUACAUCCUUCAUCAACCCCGCACGCGACUGAGCGCAGUCCUUUAUUGGACCAUGAGAGCUCCAAUGUCAUUGAAGAUGUUGAGACUCGUAUUCCAAGGAACCAUUCAGACGUGACUCUGGCCCAAUCGCCGGGGACACUGAAGCUAUUAUUGAUCAUGAGCAGCUGCUGGUUUGGAUGUUUCCUGGCUGCUUUGGAUUCCACUAUCGUAGCAACGCUAGGGGCUCCAAUUGCCACGUCGUUCCAGUCUUUCACGCUUCUUUCGUGGAUUGCCGCUUCGUACUUGAUAGCAAAUGCAGCUUUCACUCCUUUGAGCGGAAAACUGACAGAUAUCUUUGGGCGCCGCGCUGGUCUGAUAUCCUGCAAUGCGCUAUUCUUCACAGGAAAUCUGAUAUGCGGCUUGGCCAAGACUCCAGAAGUCAUGAUCUUUGGCCGCGUGAUACAAGGCUUGGGUGGAGGUGGAAUCAACUCUAUCUCAACGUUCAUAGCCAGCGAUCUGAUCCCAUUACGCCAACGUGGUCUAUGGCAAGGAAUUGGUAACCUAUGCUGGGGUCUCGGUUCCGGUCUAGGUGGCGUGUAUGGCGGAUGGAUCAACGACCUGAUGGGCUGGCGUUGGGCAUUCCUCAUCCAAUGUCCUUGCAUCGCCAUAUCUGCCGUCCUCGUCUUCUUCAAUGUGCAUAUACCCGUCAAAGAGAAGGACGUGUCUCGCAUCAAACGUGUCGACUUCCUCGGAUCCUUCCUUCUCGUCGCGUCCCUCGUUCUACUUCUCAUGGGCCUCAAUUCAGGCGGUAACACGGUCCCUUGGUCACACCCGCUUGUCAUCUCCAGCAUCAUCGCAUCGGUUGUCACGCUCUGCAUCUUUGUUUACGUCGAAGACCAAGUAGCUCCGGAGCCAAUCAUCCCUGUGCGUCUCCUCCUCAACCGCACCGUCGCUGCUGCCUGCCUGACGAACUGGUUCCAAUCAAUGGCGCAGUACGGCAUCUUAUAUUACGUCCCAAUCUACUUUCAGGUCAACGGGAUGAGCGCAACACGAGCCGGCGCACGUCUUGUCCCCCAAGCCUUCGGCACCGCAAUCGGAGGCAUGCUCGCCGGAUACGGUAUGCGCAUUACCGGUCGCUAUUACGCGCUUAUGAUGAGCUCCGAAGCAUCCAGACUUAUGGCGCUUAUUCUUAUUGCGGUCACCCUUGUGCCUGGGUCACCAAUGUGGCCACCGUUCAUAUAUCUAUUCAUAACCGGCACGAGCUACACCGUCAUGCUUGUUAUUACCCUCCUCGCCCUUAUCGCCGCCGUCGACCACGAGCAUCAAGCGGUAAUCACAUCCGCGUCCUACGCCUGUCGUGCAACAGGCUCGACUAUCGGAAUCACAAUCGCGUCAGCGGUGUUUCAGAAUAUCCUCAAAAGUGAGCUUUGGCGCACGUUCGGCGACCAGCCGGGCGCUGCGGACGAGAUCGGGAGGAUUCGGGAUAGUGUGGACGAGAUCAAAAGUUUGCCAAUAGGAUGGUACCCGGGUGUUUUGGAUAGCUAUGUUACGGCGUUUCGCAGUGUGUGGUGGACGUGUGCCGGGUUAGCGGUCUUAGGCAUGGUAAGUAGUGCGUUCAUGAGGGAACAUAAAUUGCACGCUACCCUGGAGAGAAAGUAA